AUGCUAGACCCAAAAUCUCUCAUGACGGAUCUGGAGAGCGAAAUCUUCAACUAUACUACAGGGUGUUUCCUCGCCAACGAGGCCCAUCACCUCCGAGAGCGCAGGUGCGUCUUCGACGUCCCAGGACUCUUCAAAAUCAUUGCUAAGGCAAUGAACUGCGAGACUGAACAGAUCGUCGAAUUUAGAAAGCUCGGAGAGGGUGGCCUCAACCGUAUCUUUCUCGUUACCCUGGACACCGAAUUCCAGCUCGUUGCGCGCCUCCCGUAUCCCCUCCUUACCCCCAAGGCGUACGCUGUCGCCAGUGAAGUCGCUACCAUGGACUUCCUUCGUUCCAAGGGGCUUCCUAUCCCCAAGGUUUACGUGGACUUGAGCCAGAUAUGGUCCGGUCUCAAGGAGGACGAAAUCAUCUCACUAAUGGACCAGCUGGUGAAGUUCGAGUCCACUAUGAUGUCACUCUCGUUUCCCGCUGGCGGGAGCAUUUACUACGCCAGAGACCUGAUGGAGCUGUCGGGAAACGAGGGCAUACCUCUCGACGAGCAGGUUGAGAGCAUCACCCUCAAGAAGGAGCAGCUCUGCAUUGGCCCAGAUGUAUCCAUACCGUUGUGGUAUGGGCGAAGGGAACGGCUAAACGUCUUCCGAGGACCAUAUGAGGAUGCCAAGUCGGUGCUGGUCACGGGAGCUAAGAAAGAACUCGCGUAUCUCGAUCGAUUCGGCGCACCGAGGGCACCUUACCAACGCUUCCGAAGGGAGUAUUAUAAAUACGAGAAGCAGGCACCGUCGGACCAUGCCAAGAACCUUGGUCACUAUCUCCAUCUCGCGCCUUCGCUUGUACCAGACGAUGACUACCUCAGCGCUUUCUGCAUUCGCCACCCUGACCUCACUGACAGCAACAUCAGAGUUUCGACGGAUUCUGGCGGCUUGCAGAUCCUUAGUGUGUUAGACUGGCAGUACGCUGCUGUCCUACCCCUCUUCCUCCACGCCGGUAUGCCCGAACUCAUCCAGAACGAAGAGGACGAAGUUUCUCAAAAGAUGAUCAAGCCUGAACUACCGAACAACUUCGACAAGCUACCGGCAGAAGACCAAGAUCGGGAGAGGGAGCUCCUCCGUCGUCGUCUCGUUCACUAUCAUUACAACUUAAGCACAGCGGCGCACAACAGGAUCCACCACAAGGGUCUGGUCUAUCCGUUGAACCCUUUCCGUCGCCGCGUCUUCAUUCAUGCAUCUGCUUUGUGGGAGGGGGAGACGAUCAAUUUGUUGUGUGCGCUGAUAGAUUUGGUGCUUGGCUGGGAGUAUUUUGCGACAGACGGCACACCAUGUCCAGUCGUGUUCAUGGAGAAGGAGAUUGUCGAGGCGGGGAAUCUGUAUCAGGCUUUGGCAAACGCAGAAGGGGGUGAGAGCCGGUUGAGGGAGAUUGUCGGCUACGAAGAGGAGACCUGGGUGCCCGCCGCUCACUACGAGGCAGCCAAGGCAUUCGGUCAGGAGCUGAAGCGGAAGACUUUGGAGGCAUGCACGGAGGAUGAAGAGAUGACGAAGGAGGACUACGCCGUGAUCGAGGCGAACUGGCCCUUGGACGAUAUGGAUGAAGAUGAGUUAGAGGAGUACAAGUAG